AUGCACGAUUUUAUGAGUUAUUGUCUUCGUCAAUAUUACAAGACAACUGGUUGGAAUGAAGAUAACCAAUACUCAAAUUUAUGUGCUGCUUCCCAAGCAAUUUUGGAUUUCGAUCCUCCUCGAGGAUUUAAUUUCGAAAUUUCAAAAAUUCAGACAUCCAUGUUUAAGUCCUCUUAUACCAUGAAUGCUUCACCAAUACUUAAUGGUUCAAUUGGUUAUCUUUUUACUUCACGUCCCUUGAUUGUUGACCCCAGUUCUCACUUAAACUUUGUAGAAAUUAUUGAUCGAUUUCAUAUAAAUUACUCUCCACGUCUAAUGCCUGCCGUAGAAAAUCAAACAAUUGGUGCAUCUAGUAAAGCAAUGUAUUCUAAAAAGUUUUCACCUUUAAUGCAAUGUGUUAUUAGAGGUGUUAGCGAAUCUAGGAUGAAAUCUGCUUCUCAUUGCACAGCUGAGCUUCAAUAUGAUACUGGAAAAUGGUGUACUGAAUUUUCUUUUACAACAGAUGGUGAAUUAUUUGGUAUAAAAGGACUUUAUAAUUUAGCAAGUCAUACAAUUGAACAAGUUAAUAUGGAUUUAUCAAAAAUGCAAGAGGAAAAUGAAGAAGUUGAAGCUUUGAAAGGAGAAUGGUCAAUUGGUGCAGAACUUUUUUAUGGGGUGAGAGAAAGAAGCGGUGGAGUGUCAGCAGGAAUUCGUUAUCGCACUCUUCCACAAUAUUCGUUGCAUUCACCUGUCACUGCAACAUAUAUAUUUAAUCCGAUAAUGGGAUAUAUGUCUGCUGCAUUUGCUGCUCAAGUAUCAGAAGAUCUGUCUUUAUGUCCACGAUUUGGAUUUAAUAUGUAUAGUUAUGAAAGUGAUUUAAUGAUUGGAGCAGAGUGGUGGCAAAGAGAGAAAAUAGAAGAGGACAAAAAUCCAAAUUCUAAAAGUGAAAUUCAGGGUGUUGUUAAAGCCACUAUUAGUACUGAACAGGGAAUUAAAUUAUUAUGGGAAGGACGUUAUGGGAAAACCUUAUUUGGAUUAGGUUUAGUAGCGGAUAUUAAAUCAGGAUUAUCUCCAAUACGUUCCGUAGGAUUACAAUUCCAAUAUUUUUCAUAA